CCCACCCCAUCUCAAGCACCACCAUGCAACGAACUUUACCAUAUAGAAAUUGGCUUCCCUCCACCACCACUACCACCACCAUGACGAUCGGACGUAGCUCAUCUGCCACCUCUAGUGGUGGUUCCACCAUUUUCGAGUCACGUUCAGGUGAGAGAACCAAUACCAAUUCCGAUGAUGACACGAGAUCACGAAACAGAAAUUCCUAUGUCACUACUAGGGUGGCGAAAUCCAUCUCGGAGAACGCGAUAAUCGUAGUAGCGAUACGUGGGUGUUGCAUGUGCCAUGUUGCGAAAAAUUUACUUCUAGGGUUAGGUGCUAACCCUACGAUUUUCGAAGUUAACGAUGAAGAUGAAGAUGAUGUGAAGAAGGAGUUGUCGAUAAUCGUGAGCAGUGCUGGUGGAACAACGACGGAGUUGCCGGCGGUUUUCGUAGGCGGAAAUAUGUUCGGAGGACUAGAAAGAGUGAUAUCCACACAUAUUUCUGGUGAAUUAGUGCCAAUACUAAAAGAAGUUGGGGCUUUAUGGCUUUAAUUUUUAUUUUACGUACCUAGUCAAUUACUAUUCUCCUUGUUAGGUAAAAAUAAUUGACAAAAAUGAGG